AUGAAGAAGGAAGAGGAAGGGGAAGAAGAAGGAAGAAGAAAGAAAAGGGAAGAAGAGGAAAGAAGAAGAAGGAAGAGAAGGAGGAAGAAGAAGAAGGGGAAGAAGGGGAAGAAGAAGGGGAAGAAGAGGAAGAAGGGGAAGAAGAGGAAGAACAGGAAGAAGAGGAAGAAGAGGAAGAAGAGGAAGAAGGGGAAGAAGAGGAAGAAGAGGAAGAAGAGGAAAAAGGGGAAGAAGAGGAAGAAUAGAAAGAAGAGAAAGAAGGGGAAGAAGAGGAAGAAGGAUGAAGAAGGAAGAAGAAGGAAGAAGAAAGAAAAGGGAAGAAGAGGAAAGACGAAGAAGGAAGAGGAGGAGGAAGAAGAAGAAGGGGAAGAAGGAGAAGAAGAGGAAGAAGGGGAAGAAGAGGAAAAGGGGAAGAAGAGGAAGAAGAGGAAGAAGAGGAAGAAGGGGAAGAAGAGGAAAAAGGGGAAGAAGAGGAAGAAGAGCAAGAAGAGGAAAAAGGGGAAGAAGAGGAAGAAGAGGAAGAAGGGGAAGAAGAGGAAAAAGGGAAAGAAGAGGAAGAACAGGAAGAAGAGGAAGAAGGGGAAGAAGAGGAAGAAGAGGAAGAAGGGGAAGAAGAGGAAGAAGGGGAAGAACAGGAAGAUGAGGAAGAAGAGGAAGAAGGGGAAGAAGGGAAAGAAGAGGAAGAAGGGGAAGAAUAGGAAGAAGGAUGAAGAAGGAAGAGGAAGGGGAAGAAGAAGGAAGAAUAAGAAAGAAAGGGGAAGAGGAGGAAAGAAGAAGAAGGGGAAGAAGGGGAAUAAGAAGAAGAAGAGGAAGAAGGGGAAGAAGGGGAAGAAGGGGAAGAAGAGGAAGAAGGGGAAGAAGGGGAAGAAGGGGAAGAAGAGGAAGAAGGGGAAGAAGAGGAAGGGGAAGAAGAAGGAAGAAGAGGAAAGAAGAAGAAGGAAGAGAAGGAGGAAGAAGAAGAAGGGGAAGAAGAAGGGGAAGAAGAGGAAGAACAGGAAGAAGAGGAAGAAGAGGAAGAAGAGGAAGAAGGGAAAGAAGAGGAAGAAGAGGAAGAAGAGGAAAAAGGGGAAGAAGAGGAAGAAUAGAAAGAAGAGAAAGAAGGGGAAGAAGAGGAAGAAAAGGAAGAAGAAAGAAAAGGGAAGAAGAGGAAAGACGAAGAAGGAAGAGGAGGAGGAAGAAGAAGAAGGGGAAGAAGGAGAAGAAGAGGAAGAAGGGGAAGAAGAGGAAAAGGGGAAGAAGAGGAAGAAGAGGAAGAAGAGGAAGAAGGGGAAGAAGAGGAAAAAGGGGAAGAAGAGGAAGAAGAGCAAGAAGAGGAAAAAGGGGAAGAAGAGGAAGAAGAGGAAGAAGGGGAAGAAGAGGAAGAAGGGGAAGAAGAGGAAAAAGGGAAAGAAGAGGAAGAACAGGAAGAAGAGGAAGAAGGGGAAGAAGAGGAAGAAGAGGAAGAAGGGGAAGAAGAGGAAGAAGGGGAAGAACAGGAAGAUGAGGAAGAAGAGGAAGAAGGGGAAGAAGGGAAAGAAGAGGAAGAAGGGGAAGAAGAGGAAGAAGUAA